ACUACACUUCGAAUACAAAACGUAUCCUUGGCCGAUGCAGCUAAUUAUACUUGCUCCGUCGAAAAUUUGAUUGGAACACACAAUUUUACCGCAAUAGUAACAGUCAGAAAUGCUCCAAAAAUACUCCUUAAUCCUAGCAAUACUACUAUUGUCGAAGGCGAUAGAAUCGAACUGCAAUGUACAGGAACUAGUUUACCGAUCUUUAGCGUAACAUGGCUCAAAAACAAUCAGCCAACGACUUCUGAUUUCACUACCUAUACUAAUGCAAGUAGUACCAAUCGUACGGCGACACUCGUUAUCUUCUCAGCUAAUAUUGGCGAUGACGGAUUUUACCAGUGCAAAUUAACUAACAGACUUGGAAAUAUUACUAGUAUGGCUAGCCGGGUUGAAGUUCAAUUUGCACCUCGUAUUAUAACAGAACUUACAUCCUCUAGCCAAUCAGUUAUAGAAAAUAGCGCAAUAAUAUUAAAUUGCCAAGCAAACGCAAAUCCUGUACCCACUUUUACAUGGUAUAAAGAUGGUAUCGAAAUUAAUAGAACAACUUACUUAUCGACGUCGUAUAACCAAAGCCAAAUAUUAUUAACCAACGUAACUGAGAUGGACGCUGGAAGCUAUAACUGUACCAGUACCAACCUUAUUGGUAGUGCUAGCAGUAAUAUGGACAUUACUGUGUACAUUCCUACUGCUCCUCCAAGCAACGUUAGUACGAUACCAAUUUCCGGCCGGUUAAUCUCUGUUGCUUGGCUGCCGCCACCGAUAUCUGAUCAAAAUGGUGUUAUAGUCAAUUAUAACAUUUCUUACUAUUCUAAUGAAUGGAAGCAUGGUGAUACUAUACAAGUUAGCGGUAAUACAACAUCCUUGCUUCUUGAAGAAUUAAUACCGCACACAAAUUAUAGUAUCACUGUUAAAGCAGCUACUAUUAUUGGAUUUGGACCAGCCAGUAUCGGUAUAGUUACAAGGACACCACAAAUUGUUCCUUCUGCUGCCCCAGCUAAUGUUAGAGCUACAACAAUAUCUGCUCGAUCAAUUUCUGUUACCUGGCUACCGCCACCGAAAUCAGAUCAAAAUGGUGUUAUAACCAAUUAUAAUAUUGCUUACUAUUCCAGUAAAUGGAGCCAUGGUGGUGAAAUACAAGUUAGCGGCAAUAUCACAAUGCUGGUUAUUGAUAAAUUAAUAGCUUACUCAGAUUACAAUGUAACAGUUAAAGCAAGUACCAUUAUUGGAUUUGGACCUAAGAGUAUCGGUAUAAUAACGAGAACAUUACAAGCUGUUCCUAGUUCUCCUCCAACUAACGUUAGCAUUAUUCCGAUAUCUGCUCGGUCUAUCUCAGUGAGUUGGCAGCCACCACCGAUAUCUGAUCAAAACGGCAUUAUAACCAAUUACAGUAUCUCCUACUACUCCACUAAACGGAGUCAUGGCGGUGAAAUGCAAGUUAGCAGUGAAACUGCAUCGUUUGUUAUUCGUCAAUUAAUACCUUACACAGAUUACAAUAUAACAGUUAAAGCAAGCACUAUUAUCGGGUUUGGACCUUACAGUAUGGGUAUAUUAACAAGAACAUUACAAGCUGUUCCUAGUGCUCCUCCAACCAAUGUUAGCAUUAUUCCGAUAUCCGCUCGUUCUAUCUCAGUGAGUUGGUUGCCACCACCGAUAUCUGAUCAAAACGGCAUUAUAACCAAUUAUAGUAUCUCCUACUAUUCCAGUCAACGGAGUCAUGGCGGUGAAAUACAAGUUAGCGGCAAUAUCACAUUGUUGGUUAUUCGUCAAUUAAUACCUUACACAGAUUACAAUAUAACAGUUAAAGCAAGUACUAUUAUCGGAUUUGGACCUUACAGUAUCGGCAUAUUAACAAGAACAUUACAAGCUGGUAAGUAUAGUACACUAAUUGCAUCGCUUUCCUACAGCUUCUGCAACUAUCAAUAUCAUGCAGAUCUAACUUAA